AUGAACGGAGGGGCUUACGGAGCCGGAAAGGCCAUCUCUGGCCAAGGCUUCGAUGCGAUUGGCUUGCUAAUGCGACCGCACGUCAUGGUUCGCUUGAUAUGCUGGGUCUUCUCGGUGGUUAUCUUUUCCUGCAUCUCGACCGAAGGGUGGACGAGCGACGGCCAGUGUCAGUACGGCGUCAACAGCGACAACAGCAAUAGCGGCAUCAACGGCGACGACUCUGCUUGUACAGCGGGCAAUGCUAUAGGCGUCAUCGGUUUCUUAGUGUCGUCCGCAUUCCUCGUGAUGGACGCUCUAUUCGACACCCUCUCUUCAGUGAAGCUCCGCCGGAGAGCCGUUCUUCUCGAUCUUGGUUUCUCGGGGAUUUGGGCCUUCGUCUGCUUCGUCGCGUCUUGUUAUAUUGCCAACGCCUGGAGGAAGGCUGACAUGCCAUCUGAUGGAUAUGGUUUGAACAAUCUCCGCGCAGCUGUCGUGUUUCAUUUCUUCUCGAUCCCCGCAUGGGGCGCCUGCUGCUACAUGGCAUGCCUACGCUACCGAGAUGGCACUGAUGCGAGUCAAUUCAUGUCAACCUACGAUGCGUCGGAACCAGCAGCUGAGAGCGUCAAUUAUGACGCCUAUACCCAAGGAGAUUACUCUCAAACGCCGUUCUCCCAGCAGCAACAACAGACACAACAGCAACAGCAAACAAAUCCAUUCCAGGCCCCGUCAUAUUAG